AUGCAACACCAGCCCAAUCCUGUUCGGCACUGGCCUGGUGGGAUUCCACCAUGGAUCCGAAUCCACCCUGAUGGCGAACGAUCGGAGGAUGUUGAGAUUGAGGACUCGAGGGGAUGGUUGCUAUUUGUGAAGGAAGCAUGGAGAACUCGUGAGGACAGUGGUAUUCUUGCAGAUGAUACGGAAUAUGAGCUGCGACAACGACGGUUUUUGAUUGAGAUAUGGGCAUCUGCUGAGCAGAGCUUCCGCGAUUUUUAUCAUUAUCGGGCGCCAUUGCCAGGGUCGCCGUUCGAUUAUCCCAAACAAGCUCUAGACCGAAUCGCGGAAACAAAGCAGCGCGCGGGUGAAGUCUACACUCUGGCACUUGUCACGAAAGAUCAUCCAAGAAACUAUACACGGUGGCUCAAAAUCCAAAUUAUGCUCUACCGUCUGGAUGGCGAAUACGGUCAUUUAAUGCAUGAUGGCAACUGUACAGUCGUUGCCGAGCCAAACCCUGCCACUGCGCGCCCCGAAGGUCUUCACAAGACUGAAUUCCUGUCAUGGAAAUACCUCGAGACAGCUGACUUUGACUGUCUGACUAUGACAAGGUCAGGCAUGGUUCGAUUCCUCAAAGGCUGCUGGCGUCAAUUUGUGAUUGAUCAGUAUUGCUUAGAGACGGGUCUUUUGUCACUAGUGGACUUCUUAGCCAACGGACAGAUCGAGGUAGAACUGCUUCGUAGACCAUUUAACCUGAUUAGUGUCAUGAACUUUAUGCGUGGACUCGGUUGGAGUGUUGGCAGAAUGAAGUUUGAAAAUACUGGAGGUCCUGAGUGGGCCAAUGAACCAAUGGAAAUGGAUGAUCCCAUCCUUGAUAUACUUGAAACUGCACUUGACCUGUCUGAGAUGGUUGAUGUAGACGGUGAUCGGGAUCAAUUUGCAGAGGAUAUCGAGCUUUAUGCUCCAGGGUAUCUCGACAUGGAGGCAGCGGGUCGCGCGGAGGAGUAUGAUGUCGCAUGGCUACGUGAUGGAGAAGAGGCGGCUGAAAUCUAUUAUGCACGAGAUUGA